ACAGUGGUGUGGUAAUGAGUGGAUGACAUGCCCAGCAUCAUCCAUAACAAGCUUGGUCCCGUGUGACUCCCAUUCAUGCGCCCAUGCAGUCUUCGGCUUUCUGCUGUGUUCAGUUCCACUUUGUGCUCCAGUCACUUACUUGGACUUACUCUCUGACUAAAAUAUAUAUAUAUAUAUAUUUCUACAUUUAUGCUUGAGGUUUCUUCGCCACUUUUCCUUUUACGCGCCAGAGGAACAUGAUGCGUAGUUUACUUUAAAGUGCGACCGGUGUGUGCUUUGAUUGAAUGUGUUAGUUCCUGAAAUGGCAAAACCUUUAGAUCACAUCAAGAGACCAAUGAACGCCUUCAUGGUUUGGUCCAGAGGCCAGAGGAGGAAAAUGGCCAGGGAAAACCCGAAGAUGCACAACUCAGAAAUCAGCAAGAGGCUCGGCGCGGAGUGGAAGAUGCUCUCCGACUCCGAGAAGCGUCCGUACAUCGACGAGGCCAAGAGACUGCGAGCUCAGCACAUGAAGGAGCACCCGGACUACAAGUACAGACCCAGACGCAAGCCAAAGAGUCUCCUGAAGAGGGACCGGUUUGUCUUCCCUCUGCCGUCUCUGCUCGGGGACGCAGCUGAGCACUUGAAGGGAUUUUCCAUCGACUCUUUUCUUGUCCCCGGGGAUAAAGCCAGAGCUCUCCUCGCUCCCGCCUCUUCCUCGUCCUCGUUCUCGCUCUUGGAGCCGGUGACGCAGCUCAGCACCGGAGCUGUCCAGCGGAUGGCGGAUCUGCCCCACACUCUGGCCGCAGGCGCUCUGCCGUACAGCGCGCACGGCUUUGGAUACCAGACUGGGGGGUUCGGGGGUCUGACUUGCACCGGGCAGCACGCACACAGUCAUCCGUCACCUUCUAGCCCGGGAUACAUGGUGCCGUGUAACUGCAGCGCCUGGUCCGGCGCCAGUUUACAGCCUCAGGUGGCAUACAUCCUCUUCCCCGGAGGGAUGACCAAGAGCGGCAUGGACUCGUACGGUUCACCCAGCUCCACUCUGUGAAUGGCUGGACGCACUUGAGGACGCAUGGAGGAAAAUUGCGCGCUGGACCUGCAUGCGUAAAGCUGGGCUUGAACACUCGUUUUCACCUUACAACUGUCACAGAGGUUAACUUUGAAUAUUGUAGUGUUUCUGCAGACAUUAUAAACAACAGUCUCACCCUUAUUCUACCAAAAUACAGAGAAAAUGUUUGGGGGGUUGAUGUAAAGAUGCUAUUUUAUUACUCUUUUACAAAAAAAAAACAACAGCAAGUUUUAACUUUUAAAAUAAAGUGUAACCUACUAAAUACAAUAUUAAAAUUACUCAUCAAACACACACGCACACACAGGUUGACAAGUAAUUUUGUGUUACUGUUACUUUCUUACAUGUUUAUUAUUGAUGCUUCUUUAUAUUGAUUGACUGGAUUUUUUUGACUGUUACAUUUGGACAGUAACACAUUUUUUUGUCCCCCCGGGGUAUGUAUCUCAGUAUGUUGGCCUGUUUUUCCAGUUCAAUUUGAAAGUGGAACUAAUAAAUGUCUCCUGAAGGAUUGUCUUAAGAUAGUAGUAUCCUUGUCUCAAAAGGAAGCCGGUUGAUGUUUGGUGAAAGGCGUUAAUGUGACGUUGGUGGUUCGGUGACAUUUGCAGCCACAGUGUUUGCACCAGAGCUGGACUUACACAUGAUACAAUCAGAUGCUAAUGCAUUACAGACGCAUGACAGAAUCCGGUCCUGUUUGAUGACCACGGCAUGAGUUUUUGAGUUGUGUGAGUCUGACUGUGUGUGAGCCAAAGUGAGCGACGAUAAGAGAAUAAUAGAAACUUCUCUCCUGCCCAGUUGUUGACACAGCGAUAACGUGAAAAGUUGAAUCAGGGAAGUCGUGCGUUCGUUCCGUAGUUGGAAAAGCAUGAAUGUGAGCUCACAGUGAAACCGCGGAGCUUUAGUCACGAUGAUGUUGACGGCAGCUCACAACGCGCGUCUGGUUUCUGUGACUUGAAACAGGAAGCGUGUGUCUAUCACUUAUGGUAUUAAUACAACAAAUGUUCUUUUCUUUGCUCUUUACCUCACUCCCUGCACCCCAGCAGAAGAGAAAACCUCACCAGUCUCACUCUAGCUCAUCCUGACCUUUGACCUCCACCUUUGUCACAUUAAUUUUAAAGUAGGACCUAAUAUAAACUGAAAUCACACCUCAGGUUGUCUUAGACCACACUGACUCACACACACUUCUCAUCUGUGCAUACACUUUUUUCUUCUUCUCUUUUUAUAGUUUGUGACGUUGUCAAAUGUGAUUUACACGCUGACAAACAUGUGGUGGUUCCCUGAACGCUUAGUGGAGCCACUGAUAUCAUAUUUA